GGGCUGAAGAUUGUAUGUGAGAGAGAGCGAGAAAGGGGGGAGGUACUGAAGAACCGAGACACACCGAGCCAGUGUAGAAGGAAUUGCCACGGAGAUGCCGAGGGUCUUUCCAUGAAAGCGGAAACGCUCUCACGCAUGCACUGGCGGUGAAAGGGAACUGUGCAGACCACCAGAAUCUAUAUCCCCUCUGAAGAGAGAUGCUUUUCUUCAAUUGACUCAUCACAGCAACAUUCUAUCCGGAUUAAACUGAGAUGACUAAGUGUUUUGUGGAUAACAGGCUUUUCAGAUGAGGCCGCAUUUUGAGUGACCUGAGAGAAGAGGAGAACCAUUUUUCCUGCGUCUCUGUCUGUCUCAUGAGCAGCCAUGCCUGUUCUCUCACCUACCACAGGUUUACAUGAGAUGCUAGCUCUCCUCACCUCCCAGCUGCAUCCAGAAGCUAAUCAUAAGGAGGAUCUGGUCUUCCUCAGAGAGGUCUUCAGUGAGAGGAGCCUCAGCUAUCUUAUGAAAAUCCAUGAGCGAUUGAGGCAGUUCCAGCUCCAGUGUCCGACCCCAGUGUUCCAUAGCGCAUCCUGCCUGGCCGAAGACGUCGCAGAGGAGCUACAGAACGGACCACUGGAAGACGAUGAGAGAGAGCUAUUAACACUUCUUACCGCUCCACAUGUGAAGGCAGUAUUAACAGUACAUGACACAGUGGCACAGAAGAACUUUGAGCCUGUGCUCCCCCCUCUACCAGAUGAUCUAGACGAUGAACUGGAGGAGGAAUCAGUGAAGAUCGUGCGUUUGGUGAAGAACAAGGAGCCUCUUGGUGCGACCAUCCGCAGGGACGAGGUAACUGGAGCGGUGGUGGUUGCUAGGAUCAUGAGGGGCGGGGCUGCAGACCGCAGUGGUCUGGUGCAUGUUGGAGAUGAGUUGAGGGAAGUCAAUGGAAAUCUCAUUAUACACAAACGUCCUGAGGAGAUCAGCCAGAUUCUGUCUCAGUCUCAGGGCUCGAUCACUCUGAAGAUUAUCCCUGCCAUUAAGGAGGAGGACAGAUUCAAGGAGAGUAAGGUCUAUUUAAGAGCCCUGUUUGAUUACACACCAUAUGAGGACAAGGCCACACCCUGCCAGGAGGCAGGACUGCCUUUCACACGUGGGGACAUCCUGCAGGUGGUGAGCCAGGACGACCCAACGUGGUGGCAGGCCAAAAGAGUGGGAGACAGCAACCUGCGUGCCGGCCUUGUUCCUUCAAGACAGUUCCAGGAGAGACGACUGUUGUAUAGGAUGAAAAUGGGAACACACCAGAGCCCUAAAUCACCCAGAGCAACACCAUGUGACCAAUCUUGUGAAAAAGAGGACUGUGACAGUGAGUGCAGUCUCAGUGGACAGCACGUAGUUUCUCCAAAGUGUAAGGCGGUGGCACCGUCCUGUGGCCAGGCCUUUUCCUGGGAGUUUUACUCAGCUGGUCUAAGAAGAAGCUUCAGGCUGAGCCGCAAGGAUCAUCAGGGUUCAACCAAAGAGUCUCACCCAGCGGAGUCCACAGAGAAUGAGUUCCUCAUAUAUGAAGAGGUGACCCUACAUCAGAUGAGACUUCAAGAUAAACCAAGACUUGUGGUUCUGAUAGGAUCUCUUGGUGCUCGGAUCAAUGAGCUGAAGCAGAAGGUGAUUGCUGAGAAUCCUCAUCGGUAUGGUGUUGCUGUGCCACACACAACAAGACCCAGGAAGAGCCAUGAGAAGGAGGGUGUAGAAUACCACUUCAUCUCCAAGCAGGCUUUUGAGGCUGACAUACAAUCUAAUAAGUUUAUUGAAUAUGGUGAAUAUAAGAAUAACCAAUAUGGGACGAGUCUGGAGUCAAUCCGGAGUGUCCUGGCGAGAAGUAAAGUGUGUCUGGUAGAUGUUCAACCUGAGGCUCUGAAAAUCCUCCGUACGGCAGAGUUUAAGCCCUAUGUGAUCUUUGUAAAGCCACGCAUCCCUGAGAUUCGUCGGCAACGUAGCUCUCCCACAUCACCAGGAAGGGGUGACAAUGGACACAUCACGGAUGAAGACCUGCAGGACAUGAGGCAGUCAGCCGAGCAGAUGGACCAGCAAUAUGGCCAUCUAGUGGACAGGGUCUUGGUAAAGGAGGACUCUGCCAGUGCCUGUGCAGAGCUGAGGAACAUUCUGGAACGACUCGAGAGGGAGCCGCAGUGGGUGCCUGUCAGCUGGGUCCGAACUUGAUCUUCAAUACUUCCUUAAAUUCUUACACGCAUAUGGUGUAUUGACAACAUAGACCUCUCUGCCUCUUUCUGAGUCUGCUGUCUGCCAGUUUCUGUUUCAUUCUGUUUGACUUAAGUAAUACAAAGCAAAAUAAAAGUGCCAUCUGAAUUGUUGAAAGUGAGGUCUGUUGUUCUGCGCUAGUGGUGAAGAUUUCUGUUCAUAAGAUUUUGCAUGGAAGUACUGUAGCAUUGACGAGAAAUGUAUCACUAUUAGCUGAAAGAAUUCAUUUUCUGCGGGGAAAAAUGGAUGUCCUUAUUUCUGUCAAAUGAGCUGCACAAAUAAACAUUAAAUAAAGACUGUGCCACUUGAAAGAGGACAACACUGACUCAGGUUUACUCACUGUGUCAAAGCUGGUUUCUGUCAGGCAAACCGUCAAGUGUGAAGGUCUCUUGUUUUGUUAUCGUCAUCUUAUGCUGAUUGUGUAUAUUUAAUCAAAUGUAAAUGGGAAUGAUGUAAAAUAGCAUACUGUAUAUUUGCAAAAGUGUUUAUACCUGUGUAAAAUAAAAUUUCGUAUUUGGUCACGCCUGUACUAAUUUGGUUGUAAUUGUCAAUGUUUUUAUCAAACUGAUGCCUGUUGAUGUCUGUGUAGUUCAUUAGGAAAAUGUCACAUUAAAGUCAUGGAGCAUGUCAGUGUCUUUAGGGAUAUACAGUACUGUUCAGAAUGUUAUGAAUGUGUACCAUUUUAAAAUAUAUGGAGUAUUUUUGAAUGUGAAUUGUUAUAAUAAAAAAUACAGACUGCA